UUUGCUUUAAACUUCCCGAAAGAGUCUUUAUUCGUGCACCUCUGUGCGCUUGUGUUUACGUCUGAGAGUUCUAGGUUGUAAUUUAGUAGGUUUGGUAAUUAGGCGUUAAUAGUAUUUGCAAAGUACAUGCAUGCGUCAGUCAUAAGACUGGACUUUAAUUGCAAUGAACUUGGUUUAGACGAAUGCGCAAUAAUACAAAUAAAUUGGAGGAAAAUACAGUAUGUAGUAUAGAUGUAGAGGUUAUAUUCUGUCAAAGCAAAUGUGGAAUUUACGAUGUGGGUGUUUUUGCCGUAGAAAUAGUCAUAUAAGAAAAGGCGUUUGGUGUACUCUGAAUAGGAGCUGUUACUGAGUAUGAUGUCAUUAAUUUGAGUGCUGUACCCGAGAUUCCAUAAAAGUUCAUUUUCUCCAGGAGUACAUUGUGGUUGACACAAUCGAAAGCCUUUUAUCAUCAAAAUGUCUCUCUACGAUGAUAUGGAUGCCAUCAAACAGAAGUCGGAGCAGGUGGCUGGUUGGUCAUCUGGCAUCAAGCUCCUGCAAUCACAGCUGCAGCUGAAGAAGGCUGUACAAACGCAGCCAAAACGGGAAGCCAUGCGAAAGUCUGGUGUGACACUGGCCCCUGUGAUAGAUCUGAAGUCCAAGAAAGAUGAUGAGGAUUCAAGCUCAAAUUCCAGCUUUGGGAAUUACAAUUUAGGAAAGGAUGCACGAGGGAUCCCCAGAGAUACAGAAUGGAACUUUGAAGGAGAGUAUGAUCCCAUGUGGCCCAAUGACUAUGAGAAGGUUGUUAAAGACCUGAGGGAGAUUCGUGAUCGGGAGAAAGAGAAAGAAGAAGAGGAAAAGCGACGGAAGAACCGGGAGGACCGUGAUCGACGAGUUCGAGAUAGGUUUGAUGGCAGUGAUGAACGCCGUAAAUCUGGUUUUCCGGGCCGCAAGGAUUCAGAUGAGGAAGAGGAGGAAGAGAAGCCAGCGGCCAGGGUAGGGGGUGUGGCCAUAGCUCCUCCUCCCUCACUCCAAGAACCCACACCUGCCAGUGAGAGUCCUCGGCCAUCUGCUUCUCCUGUGUCUGGAGAGAAGUAUGGUCUUUCUUUUGGAGGUUCAGUGGCAGCGAAGAUUAUGGCAAAAUAUGGCUUCAAGGAAGGUCAGGGCUUGGGAAAGCAAGAGCAGGGUAUAUCCAUGGCACUGCAGGUCGAGAAGACCAGCAAACGUGGCGGUCGCAUCAUAAGUGAAAAGGAGAUUAUGCCUCCACCACCUGUAACAUCACCAGGCUCAUGCUCACCCAAUGCCUCACAACAGCAGAGCACUGGUGCCCAGCUCAAACCAGAACCAACCAUCACAGAAAUCAUGCGCAGCCCAUCUAAGGUUGUGUUACUUCGUAAUAUGGUUGGUCCUGGGGAGGUGGAUGAUGAUUUAGAACCAGAAGUGAAGGACGAGUGCAACACAAAAUAUGGAGAAGUAGUGCGGGUUGUGAUAUUUGAGCAACCUAAUGUGCCUAGUGAUGAAGCUGUUCGUAUCUUUGUUGAAUUCCGUCGCAUUGAAUCAGCUAUCAAAGCUGUAGUGGAUCUCAAUGGGCGCUUUUUUGGUGGACGUCAGGUGAAAGCAGGCUUUUACAGCUGGGAGAAGCUGAAUAACUUAGAGUUACUAGAUUAAUUCAUUACAGACCGAACUGUUUUAUAUAUAUAUAUUGAGAGAUACAAGUGACUGUGUAUAUGUUUAUAUGGUUGUCCCUGUUCAGAUACUUUACUAGUGAGAAUCUCACUAGGUCAAGUUCUUUAUCACUCUUUAUUGAAGUGAUGAUUUUUAUCACAUGUGAUGUUGCCAGUGGUGAUCCUGGUCAUAAGUAUGGAGACAGUGGUGACUGAACUUCAUCAAACUCUAUUCAGCGUAGCUGUGGGAGAUGAAAUAAAAGUGAUGUUGCAGGAUCCGUGGUUGUAUCUAAAGGAUCUCGCUAGGCUUUGUGACUUUAUAUGGUAUCUUAUAUUAUUUCUGUUUCAUCUCUUAUUCACACACAAGUUCUAUACAAAAAUAUGCAACUAUUUUCAUGGCAUUUAUUUUUUAAGCAAUAAGUGUACAGCUAUGAAAAACAUAUUGGGGCCCUGAAAAUAUUUGUUUUCCUGCAUACCAUUCUUGUGGAUCUGAGCAGCCAUCUUCCUUGCUACCUGUCUGGAUAACUGAAUCAGUUCCUCUGGCUACACACUUCAACCCUCAAGAUGGAGGCACUAUGUCAAAAUCUUCAGUAUCUGCCUAUGAAACUACAUGGUGUCACAAUGCAAAAAACCUCAGUCUGAAUUGUGGAGUGUUAAUGCCAAAACUUCAGAACCAUUGAUUGUAAAUUAAAAUUAUGUAUACUGUAUUAAAUUCAAGGCAUGCAGUCGGAAUCAAAUAAUUUCAAUAAAACUUAAAGAGGCAAUUUUUAUACAUGUUGGGUUUUUGGAGUCUAGCGCUCAAAGGCCUACUGAUGCUGUUUUAAGUCCACAAAACAUAUAAUUUUGACUGCAAUGGAAAGAUAAUCAUCAGUGGGGAAGAGGUGAGAAUUUGUAAGUUGAUGUUUUUCAAAGCUCUGUUACUGCAAGAACUCCUUGUUAUAGGUGAAUUAAAAGAAUUUGAUUUAAUUUUAA